UCCAAAUUAUGAACAAUAAUAAGUAGUGGUAUCCUUCAUGCUACAAUGAGAUAGCCGCCCGAUCUAAUUCCUGAAGGCAAGCAGAAACCGCCGCUCCAUGGAAUCUUCACUUUGCCUCCGCUACGGGCCUCAGCCCACUCUCCCCCUACGUAUCCCUUCCCCUGUCAAGCCUACAAGGCUAACCAAGCCUCAUAAAAGUUUCACUCUUUCAUCUCUUCCACUUACAAACACUAACAAUUCAAUCUACCGCCCGCCUCGGCAUGGCUCCAGUCUUGUUUGUGCCAUUAAUGGGUUCCCAAAACCUUCGACCAAUGAUGGGUGUUGGGAAAUAAUCCCACCAUCAAAAGGCGUACGUCACCAAUCUGAAAACUGUCCCAACAGUAGGGAUGAUGGGAAGAAAAUUGUGAGAGGGAGCGUAGGCGCAUCGCUGGCAUUGGCUUGUGUUCUGGGUAUCAUCAGCUGCGGCUCUACGAUGAUGAGUCCAAUAGCCAUAGCAAUUGUGAAGAAUCAGAAAUCUCAAAUUACGACAACUAUUUACCCGAAGGGUGGGAGGGUCGCGCUGAAAUCGUUGUUGGAUAUGAGUGUCUACCUCUCUUCAAGUCAGGGAAAGCCCAAAAGAUAUGGCUCCUUUUCGACGUCGUAUAAGAGUAGUAAAAAGCCUUCAACCGCAGACGUUGAAACUGUAAUUAAGGAGGCGGCAAUGCAGCAAUUGAAACUUGGAAAGGGUGAUGAAGCGGUGAAGGUACUGCAAAAGGCCUAUAAGGACUGCAAUGGGGAUCCGGAGCCUGAGUUCAAUGUGGAGAUGGCACUUGUUGAAGUUCUCAUAUGCCUGGGAAGAUAUGAAGAGGCCUCGAAAUACAACUGCCUCAAUCAGCGAGUUGGUCCUUCAGAUGCUCGAGUUCCUCUUUACAAGGCUAUUAUAUUCACUAUGUUAGAUCAGAAGGAGCCUGCAAAAACAUGGUGGAAAGAAUACAUAAAAGCUGUUGAAGGAGGAGGAAUCCCCGAUCCACAAGGCCUUCCCGAUUAACUCACCUCAUUUUCCAUCCACACAAAGUCCGAUCGAAGACAGGUAGCAAAUAGCAAUGUUGGUGCAUGGCAGCGAUGAAAGCACUUCGGAUAUUUCAUACAGUUUUAACAAGAAUUAUUUGCAAUUCUUUGUUUAACCAUUUGAUCAUAAUUUCUAUUUAUUUAUUUUUUUCAAUUUCGAGUCA